AUGGAUCAAUCCUCCAUGAUUGCCCGUGAUGGGUCAUUUGGAAAUGGAAUUGGCGGAACCAGCGGAAGCCACCACUCGUCACUUACUCCGCAGAUCCUCAUCGGCAUCUUCAACCAUGCCAUCGAUGAGGACUUGAAUCUCGAGAACAUUGCGAGAGAAAUCAGAGCCUGCAAAAUGGACUUUGGAUUCUGUGCCUCAGUCAGCGGUCCUACGGCUAGCAUCCAUGUCGACGUUGAUGGGAAACCUACAGCGACGUACAACGCCACCCAGGCUGACAUUGUAGCCUGGCAUGCUGCUCAAAAGCGACGGCCGCAAAGUCUCAUCAUGACUGAAGUAAACGCUGUAGCUGAGAGUUCAUAUGGGCUGCAAUCUCUGAUUGACAAGCUACCCGGGCUCGCAAAGUCUAUCGACUGGGAUGCUCCAGCUGAUGGCGGAAUAGCUGCGACAGCUGAAUGGAUUGGCUCUGUUGAGUGGCCAUUCCCCCCCGCCUCCCCGAGCACCGUCGCCGCAGUUGCCGCUAUUGCCAGUCAUCUGAUUGCCAGAGGCUACUCCUUGAGCUAUGAAGCUUGCGAGAGCGCUAGUGGUAACGACUGCAGAACGAUCAUCAUGUUCUCCUUCGGUUCGACUGGCAAAGGAGGCCACGAUGGAUUCGAUGCCUCCAAAGACUGGGCGAGCGCUGUGGGGACACUUGAUCAGGAGGGUCCGUCCAGUCUGGUCAACAUGGGCUUGCUUAGACAAAACCCUGAAGUCAUCGAGUCUUGCAUGUCAAAGAGACGUCUGUCUCUUGGGGAGUUCAGAGACGCCCUGAAUGCUGAUAUUGAUGCCAGCACAAGUAUCGCUAACAGAUAUACUAUGCUGUGA